AUGUCUUCCAAGACCUUCCGCGACGGUAGCGUUGACAAAGACUUCAUGGACAAUGUCGAAGUUGUCCCAGCAAAUGCCGAUAGACCAAAUCCGAUGAAGGAGGCCCCCGCCUAUGUAGCUGGUCUCAGUCCCGAAGAGCGCGAGAAGGCCGAGAAGGCCCUCGUCCGCAAGAUCGACCUCCGUCUCUUGCCCAUGCUUGUGAUCAUGUACAUCCUGAACUAUUUGGAUCGGAACAACAUUGCGGCUGCUCGACUGGCUGGACUUGAAGAUGAUCUGGGUAUGAAGAAGAACAGCGACCAAUACCAGACUGCUGUCAGUAUCCUCUUUGUGGGCUAUCUGUUGAUGCAGAUCCCCUCCAACCUGCUCCUCAACAAGUUCGGAAAGCCCUCCAUCUACCUCCCUGGUGCAAUGAUCCUUUGGGGUAUCAUUUCCACCGCCACGGCUGGUGCUCAAAAUUUCGCUGGUCUCGUCGUCAUUCGCUUCUUCCUCGGUUUCGUCGAAGCCGCCUAUUUUCCCGGAUGUCUUUACUUUCUGAGUGCCUGGUACACUCGAAAGGAGCUGGGAUUCCGCACAGCUGCUCUUUACUCGGGAUCUCUGAUCUCCGGUGCCUUCUCUGGUCUCAUUGCCGCAGGAAUCACGGAUGGCAUGGACUACAAGCGGGGUCUUCGAGCUUGGCGCUGGCUCUUCAUCAUCGAAGGAGCCAUUACCAUUGUGGUCGCCGCUAUCUCCAUGUGGAUCCUGCCUGACUUUCCCCGUACCACUCCUUGGCUGUCUGAAGAGGAAAAGCAGCUGGCUGCUUGGCGUCUCGAGGAAGAUAUCGGCGAGGACGACUGGGUCGACAGCGAGGAUCAGUCACUGCUCUACGGCGCGAAACUGGCUUUUACCGAUUCGAAGACCUGGAUUCUGAUGCUACACAUAUUGUGCAUUGUCUCCUCCGCCUCUGUGACCAACUUCUUCCCUACCGUCGUGGAAACCCUCAACUACAGCCGGAUCGUGACGCUCCUCCUUACUGCUCCUCCCUACUGCUUGGCGGUCAUCAGCGCUUUCGCCAACGCCUGGCACUCAGACCGCACCGGCGAGAAGUACUGGCACAUCACACUACCCUUGUAUAUUUCCGUCGCCGCGUUCAUCAUCGCUGCGACCACCACAGGCGUGGCGCCCCGCUACGUCUCCAUGAUGCUGAUGGUCCCCUCCCUGUACGCGAGCUUUGUCGUGGCCCUCGGUUGGAUUUCCAGCACCCUCCCCCGUCCUGCGUCCAAGCGUGCCGCCGCCCUGGCCGCUAUCAACUGCGUGAGCAAUGCCAGCAGUAUCUAUGCCAGCUACAUGUAUCCGGACAGCGAUGCUCCUCGAUUCGUCAUCGCCAUGAGCGUCAACUGCGUCACUGCCUUUAUCGCCAUCCUCUCUGGCACUGUCCUGAGGAUCAUCCUUGUCCGGCUGAACAAGAAGCUGGACCGUGGCGACGCCAUUACCGCCGGUGGUGUUCCCGGACAAGCCAGUUCCCGGGGCUUCCGGUUCUUGGUUUAG